GGUCGGACAAGCGGGGCAGGACUUCCGUCGGGCUCCGGGGCUGUGAGUUCGCCUCUCAGCCGCCUCUAGUUGAGACACAGCGGUGACGCACAGAUGUGUCGGUGUUGCCAGAGAAGAGAUGGAGUCAUUUCCGCGGGACAUUCCGGGGAGGACAAAAAGCUGUUGCCUCAGUCAGGCCUCCCUGGUAUCUGGAAGGAAAGCAGCGAAUAGAACUUGAACAGAUCAUCCAAAUGGCACGCAAGCACUGAAAACAAUGCUGAGGGUGACUGUUUCGUAAUGUGCAAAGACGCCGAGAGUAUUUGUUAGCAGGCGUCAGUUGCAAAACAGAAUACAGCGCUUUCAGAUUUAAAGGUCUGCAAAGAAACUGAGCAUGAUGGUACACGCCUGCAAUUUCAGCGCUUGGGAGGUAGAGGAUCAGAAACUCAAUCCUCAUCAGUUCAAAUCCAGCCCGGGCUACCUCCCUGACGACCCUGUCUUUAAAAUCAAAACCUGAAGUCUGUGAUGGGCAGUGGUUGUGGUGUCCCGGCUCUAUUUUUUUCUUUGCCCUUAUUUACAUAGUAAACAAAUGUAUAGUAAGUAAAUGAUGCUUCUGUAAAAAUAAAACUUUUUAUUGAUUUAUGGCCGGAAGUGACGAAUAUGCCCAAUAUCUGACGUGGAAACAGGAAAAACACGUUUAUUUCUGAACUUAUGAAAGUUUAACUUACUCGUUCAGAGCGGACUGUGAAUCUGUAAUGGGAAAGUAUGACACACGCAGCAACACAGCAAGGUGGUGCUUAUUAACCAGCUGCUGAAAUCUGCCCCAGGCAGCCUCGGGUCUCAGAAGGUGCUGGGGUAUGUAGACGGUGGAGCUCUGGCUGGGCAGCCCUGGAGAAGUUAAGCCAUCAUCCAUGCUGCAGUGAAACUUGCUGGUGGUGCAGACGUUUUGGAGCCUCCCACACUCCUGUAAGCAACUCCUCAGCCACGCACUAAACCCCAAUGAUGAAAAAUACAGAUCCAUCCGUAUUGGAAACACAGCUUUUUCUACUAGACUCUUACCGGUCAGAGGAGCUGUUGAGUGUUUGUUUGAAAUGGGCUUUGAAGAGGGAGAAACACAUCUUAUCUUUCCUAAAAAAGCCUCAGUGGAGCAGCUGCAGAAAAUCCGUGACCUGAUUGCCUUAGAGAGAAGCAACAGAUUGGAUGGGCCAAAUAAGAAGGUGGAAUUGUCUCAGCAACCUGCUGCUGUCAAGUUUCCUUCAGAACAGUCAGAGGAGCCCACUGGAUUAACACAGCACUCAGGAAACCAACCAGGGCAGCUGCCAAGCCUGCAUCCUGCUCCAAUGGUUGUUGGUGAUUCAACCAUCUUAAAAGUUCUGCAGUCCAACAUUCAGCAUGUGCAGGUCUAUGAAAAUCCUGUCCUUCAGGAGAAAGCAUUGACAUGUAUCCCAGUCAAUGAACUAAAGAGAAAAUCUCAAGAAAAGUUAUUCAAAGCUCGAAAGCUAGAUAAAGGUACUAACGUAAGUGAUGAGGACUUCCUUCUACUGGAGCUCCUACACUGGUUUAAAGAGGAGUUUUUCCGCUGGGUGAAUAACAUUGUGUGCAGCAAAUGUGGUGGAGAGACUAGAUCUAGAGAUGAAGCAUUGCUGCCCAAUGAUGAUGAGCUGAAGUGGGGUGCAAACACCGUAGAGGAUCAUUAUUGUGAUGCAUGCCAGUUGAGCAAUCGGUUCCCAAGAUAUAACAACCCUGAGAAACUUUUGGAAACAAGAUGUGGACGCUGUGGCGAGUGGGCCAAUUGUUUUACCCUGUGUUGCCGUGCAUUAGGGUUUGAAGCUCGCUAUGUGUGGGAUUACACAGACCAUGUUUGGACAGAAGUCUAUUCUCCUGCUCAGCAGCGGUGGCUGCACUGUGACGCUUGUGAAGACGUCUGUGACAAACCUCUCCUUUAUGAAAUAGGAUGGGGCAAAAAGCUUUCCUAUAUCAUAGCAUUCUCUAAAGAUGAGGUAGUUGACGUCACCUGGCGAUAUUCUUGUAAACAUGAUGAGGUGAUAUCCAGGAGGACCAAGGUUAAAGAAGAGUUACUUCGAGAAACCAUUAAUAGGCUUAAUAAGCAGAGGCAGCUAUCAUUGUCAGAAAACAGAAGAAAAGAACUUCUUCAGAGGAUAAUUGUGGAGCUUGUUGAAUUUAUAUCUCCCAAAACCCCCCAACCCGGAGAACUUGGUGGAAGGGUGUCUGGGUCAUUGGCUUGGAGAGUGGCCCGAGGUGAAGCAGGUCUAGAGAGAAAGGAAACCCUGUUCAUCCCUUCUGAAAACGAGAAGAUCUCUAAGCAGUUUCACCUACGCUAUGAUGUUGUAAAGGACCGGUACAUCCGAGUUUCCAACAACAAUGAAUACAUCUCCGGAUGGGAGAAUGGUGUGUGGAAAAUGGAAUCUAUAUUCAGAAAAGUUGAAACAGACUGGAACAUGGUGUAUUUGGCCCGAAAAGAAGGAUCAUCUUUUGCAUAUAUUUCCUGGAAGUUUGAGUGUGGGUCAGCUGGCCUGAAAAUAGAUAAUGUUUCCAUCAGAACGAGUAGCCAGAGCUUUGAGAGUGGAUCCGUGAGGUGGAAACUGCGGUCUGAUGCAGCUCAAGUCAACCUGCUGGGAGAUAAAAAUAUUCGUUCCUAUAAUGAUUUUUCUGGUGCCACAGAAGUCACAUUGGAAGCAGAAUUAAGCAGAGGAGAUGGAGGCGUUGCUUGGCAACAUACCCAGCUGUUUAGGCAAAGCUUAAGUGACCCUGGAGAAAAUGGCCUGGAGAUAAUUAUAGAAUUAAGUGACCUCUGAAAACCUGAACUUCAGGGAAAAACUGGCCACAGUCAGGGACUGGCCAUGGCCUCCAGUUGCGUGUUAGCUCAAUGCACGUCUAGUUGGCAGUUCACUGCCCUGUCCAACAGGUUUCUUUUGCUGGGUGUAUAUCAUGUAAUCCUCAUUAAAAUGUAUCUUCAUAGUGUGGACCAUAAGAAAUCUUCAAUUAAAAACUGACUUCUAUCUGUGACUAAACUUUGGUGUAAGGUAUUUGCUAUAGAGUAACCAAUUGAAAUUCUAGUCUAAACAUGGUUGGUAGACUUGUAAGAGAAAAUAAUGGGAUUCGUGAUUAAAUCUGUUCGUGACUUAUAAAAUCUGGGGCUGCUAGCCACUUAAUGUUUUCUGAUUAGAUUUUCCCAACACUCUUGAUUUUGAAUAAAUAUGAAAGUCAAGUAUUUCUUAAGUUAUAUGCAUGAAGGUUUUUAUGAUUGUAAAUGUAUGGAUAGUUAAAUAAAGCAAAUUAUUUUGUCUUAUA